ACAAACCAAAUUUAUACAAAGCAACGUGGAAAAGGUUGUCAUCAGCUGGUCAAGAUACAUGAAAUUGAAGCUUAAUUUCUAUUUUUAAUGCUCAAUUAACACAUAAAUACAGUUAAUUAAGACAGCCUCCAGAAACAAAUGUUCCAAACCACCAAUGUCUUUUUCUUUUUCCCUUCAAUUUCUUGUCUUUCCAGAUAUGCCCUCGUCUUAGGGAUUCAGUAAGAAUUACACAGCUGGAGGUUAGGGUCAAUCUUGUCUAUAUGAAAUGAAAACCUAUUUCGGUUAGGCUGGCAACUCUUACCGCUAAAUCCCGCGCAAAAUUCGUUAUCUUUCCCAUAUCAAAAUAGAAGAUGAGUCUGAGUUUUAUUAAAUGUUCUUGGAUAUUGGUUUUUAAGAAUUCGUUGGAGGGUUUUCUUCUUCUUCGAGUUACAACAUUUUUAAGGUAAGCUUUGAAGCAAAAGGAUGGUAACCGUCUGGGGGGGUACAGAUCAACAAAAAGCUGUAGGAUCACCAAGAGGAGAGGUGGGAGAGAUUGACACCAAGAAGCCAUUUCAAUCUGUCAAAGCUGCGGUUAGUUUAUUCGGUGAAGUAGCUAUCAAGGGGAAACCUGCUGCCAGGAGAUCAAGGCUUUCUUCAGAGAAUGUGCUUGACAAGGAGACCCAAAUUGUAUUGGCUCAGAGAGACGUAGACAAGUUCAAGAGAGAGGGGGAGAAUGCCGAAACUACGCAAGCUCGAGCGGAUUCUGAACUUGAAAAGGCCAAGAGAACAUUGAAUGAUUUAACCACCAAGCUCAAAGCUGUAGAUGAGACCAAGAAAUUAGCCAUAGAAACUGUGGAAGCGGUGAAAGAAAAGGCUAAGAAACUUGAAGCAGCAAAAUCCCAACAACUCAUGGAAAAUGCUGCUCGGGAACUGGAACUGGAUGAGGCAAGACAACAGUACGAGAUGACUGCUUGUGAACUUGAUGCUGCAAAGGAGCAAAUCAACCAAAUCAGACAGGAUUUUGACGCUGCAUUGGAGGCAAAAUCGUCUUCAUUCAAGCAAGCAGCAGAAGCUCAGCGUUCAGCUAAAACAAACAAGGAAAGGGCUGGUGAUCUUUCACAGGAAAUCGGAGCUAUGCAGGAAUCAGCUCAACAUCUAAAGAUUGCCUCUGCACAAAUUCAAGAACAGCAGGCAAAGGUAGUGGCAGAAAAAGAUGCUCGCAUACAAGUUUGCAAGACUGCCAUGGAAGAAGCAGAGAAGAAUUUGGAGAUUUUGAAGAAAGAAUAUGAUCCUGAGAUCACAAAGAAUCUUCAGGCAAAGCUCGCAGAAACAUCUGCGGAGAUUGAACUUCUACAAGACGAGAUGAAAAAGGGUCAUGCCUUAGAAAUGGAAAGAAUGAGAGCUUUAACCAUCGAGUUCAAUGAAGCAACGAAGGCACUGCAAGAAAUUGCCAUCGAAGAGAGUUCUCUUCGAAAUAUGGUUACUUCCCUUCGAAUGGAAUCGGAAAAUGUGAAGAUGGAGAAAACUGAAUUGCUGGUGAAGGAAAUCGAAAAAGAAUAUGCUGCGAUAGAAAAAGAAACUGAAAAUGCUAGACGAGAAGCAGAAGAGAUGAAGAAUAAUGCUGAAGAGGUGAAGGAAGAAGCAAAAAAUGCGAGAUUACUGGCUCAAGAUGCUGAGGGAAAGCUAGAACUUGCUCUUAAAGAGGUUGAAGAAGCCAAGGCGGCAGAAAAGAAAGCCCGCGAAGAGAUGAAGACACUAUCUGAAAGAAAGAGCAUUGAAGAUCAGGAUGCCGAUAAUAAGAUCAAAAUUUCACUGGGAGAGUUUGAGAGUUUAAAGAAGAAAGUAGAGAAAUCAGGAAAUAUAGCAGAUACGACAGUGACCGAUGUCAUGGCUCAGGUAGAAGCAAUGAAUGGAAGCAAUAAUGAAGUAGAGAAGAAGUUAGAGGAAAAUUUAAAAGCAAUUGAAGAAAUCAAAGAAGCAACUUCCAUGGCUUUGAGGUCAGCAGAAAUGUCGGAGGCUGCACAAAAGACCCUCAAGGCUCAACUCCAGAGGUGGCGUGAAGAGGAGCAAACAGUUUUGGUGGUAGCUUAAAGUGCUUUCAGGAUGGUAGGACAUUCAGAUGAGUCAUGAGGGUCACUUCCUAUGAUUCUGCAAUUGAAAAUCAGAUCUUGCAGGUGGUUCAGAUUAGUCAUUGGGGUUUAAAAGGACAUAAUUUCUAAAUCCUUGGUGUGAUUUCCCCAA